GGGCUCGAUGCGCUGCGGCUGUUGGGUGGGGGCGGGGCCGUUGGCUGCGGAGCCGGGGAGGAGGAGGAGGCGGAAGGAAGGAAGGAAGGUCUAGGCCUCUCUGCCUCUCGGGCUCUCUGCCUGCCUGCCUAUCGGUCGUAAUAACGCCGGGAGUAUCAUCAGCAAACAACCGGCCGGGGAGAGCGCAGCGGCGGCGACACUGACACCCGCACCGGGAGAAAUAAAGCGGCCGACGUACCCGCCCGCCCGCAGUCGCCAUGGCCGCCACCGGACCCAUCUCCGUCUCCUAGCAACGGCGCGACCCCUGACCCCCCGCCCGGGAGCCACAGGGCAACAACAUCUGGGCGGCCUCCAAACCUCUGUCCUGAUCCAGCAAUUAAUUAACUCAAUCCCCCCCCCCCCCCCAAACUUCUCCAACCGUACAAUUUGGAAAUAUUUAUACCAAAUUCACAUAUGCAUACAUUGCAUUUAACAAUUUUUGCAUAUACUGCUGCAACUGUGCAAUUAUAACUAUUAUUGCACAAUUUACCCAUGCAUAAAUUGCAUAUGCCUAUGCAUAUUUUGGGAUCGGCAUUUUAGUUGGUGCUGUCGAUACUACAUUUAGCCGCGUAUAGGUUUUGGGGGAGAUGCAGCCAGUCGCGGGCCCUGUUCCCAGCUGGGAGGCAGCAGCAGCAGCAGCUGAGAGUGUGGGCAGGAAGGAUUCUGCAGGGAGUCUCGCCACUACUACCAACACUACCACCACUACCACCACCACCACCUCCUCCACCGGCACCAGUAGCUCCCCACUGGGUGGCAACAACAGCCCAGUGCCCGAGCCAGAAGCUGCACACACACAGGAGCCAGUGGACAGGCACAGCCCCCCUCAGACCUUGGACCUGCUCAGCCUGGUGGUGGCUUUCAAGAGACUGGAGAUCUUUGCUGAACCGCUGCACGACUUUUGGGAUCUGGUGAAAUAUUUGAUCAGGUGGAAAGCUCCCAUUUGCUCCCUCUUGUGCUGUGUUACACUCAACGUGCUAUUCCUGGCACUUAGUGAAGCUGGCUGGUUCAUCCUCCUCGCAGUGUUCGUCUCCACCCCCGCUGUUCUCGGCUACCUCCAGGACUCCUGUCAGGAGCAGCUCACUGAGCAGGACCUUGCCCGGCAUAAAAGUCACAGCGUGUGGAGAGAGGACCUUCAAAAGGUGAAAAUCACCAGGCAGGAAGCUCUGGUGGAAAUCAAAACCUUCUUAAUUCACCUGGACGAGUUGCUGACCAAGACUUGCAGCAGUUGUGAAGCUGCCUACCGGGUCCUGUACUGGGAGGAUCACUCUGUGUCUGUCCUGUUUUAUGGGACCUUGUUGGGAAUACUUUCCAUCUUGUACCUGCUCCCACUCUGCUGGGUCCUGGCUCUGAUGACCAGCGUGCUAUUUCUGGGAAAUGCUGAUUUUUACCAGGUAAUUAUCGAUUGCAAGGGAGCAUUGCUGCAGAAUUACAGGCCGCAGCCACAGGUCGAAGAGGAGGUCGCAGUGUCGGAGUCAGAAGUUGCUGUAAACCAGGAGGUGACUCCAACUGCAAGCACUCCAGAGGAAGUGACCCCGGGGAAUGUGGAGGAGCAGGAACCGGAGCAGGACGAUGACUUCAAAGAUGCGAUAGAGGAGGAUGACGACACCGUUCAGUGCAGUGGGGACUACGAUCUGAGCUUGCAAGACAACGGCUUCUUCAAAAAUGAGCCGAUCAGGAGUAAAGUCUCCAAGCUAACCGAGAAACUGAGGAAACGCUAUCCCACCAACAACUACGGAAGCUGUUACAACUGCUGCUCCACAUUUUCAGUCCUGAAGAAGCGACGUAACUGCAGCAACUGUGGUAACAGUUAUUGUUCAAGGUGCUGUUCAUUCAAAGUCUCCAAAUCGUCCAUGGGAGCCACAGCUCCAGACGCUCAGCGUGAGACGGUGUUUGUUUGCAGCCAGUGCAAUUUUAUUUUGAGCAAGUAGGAUGAUGCUCCUCUCCCUCCCUCCCUCCCUUGCUCUCCUUCUUUCUCCUCUUUUUGUAUGAACAUUUUGCUUUUAUGUUUUAACUGGAAUUCACCGACUGGGCAAACUCGAGACGAGGAAGCUGCGGAAGGCUGUUCCAGGCCUGUGAGUGUUCACGGUAUCUGGGGAAUCAGGACAGGGGUCCAGGUACAAGAGCAACAUUGAUUCUGGAAUCAGUGCUUGUACGUCAUAUAAUAUAAUGUCACAAAAAAUAAUAUAUAUCCUUAUCUUUAAGCGUUGCCUUCUGCUGUAUAUUUUGUGAGAUUAGACACUUCCUUUUUUUUGUAUAGCGUGCGAGGUAGAACAAUAUUGAACGAGUUGGUAAAACUCUCCAAACCCUUAAACUUCAUUUCUUUGUCAUUCUUUUGAUAUCUGUGCUGUUGGUCUUAUUUUCUUUUCUCCAAUAAAAACGACACACUGCAGAAAA